AUGAAUUAUUUUUUAAGUACGGCACACGCUAUAUGUGGUAUCUAUUCACCUAUUCGCACUAUUGCCGCGCAAAAUUGUACUAUCCCUCCAUUCGAUGUAGAUUGUCAAUUUUAUGAUGGAGACGAUGUAAUAUAUAGCUGUAACGAUUCAUUGUCAUCACCACAAAUAUUUAAGGAAGAUGCUUACCCUGGUUAUUUUGGAUAUUUUAUGAAUAAAAAUAAUUUAAAAUAUGCAAGGCAUACAACAAACGGUGACCAAAUUAUAAAAAUAAAAUUAUUUUCUAAUACAUCCAAUGAUUUGAUAUCAAUUUACAUUGUUGAUUCCGAAAAUAAUCCCUUAAAAUCUCCAGAUUAUAAAAUUUAUACGAAAACAUUUCAAUUUCUUGAUUUCAUGAAAGAAUUAUUCGCAAAUAAUAAAUACCGUAUUGCCAAUAACCAGCUUUCAUUUAUAGGGUUGACAAGAAAUCAAAAGAAGAUAAUUAAACCUUCAUUUAGUAGUACUCUUGGAGUCAAUCCAUCUUAUAAAACCGAACAUCGUAUUAUAUCCAAAUUUCAGAGCACACCUCUUCCUACUAAACCAAGUACUGGAUAUUACAGUGAAAUUGAAAUAUCCGUAACAAGUUUCCAUAUGCAAGUGGAGACUGAAAAAAGAAUACGAACUUUACUCAGUGUCGAUGCGAUUCGUCCUUGGGGUGGUAUACAGUUUUAUUAUUGUGGAUAUAGCCAUAGAAUAUAUAAUAAAUUUAAAAAUACAAUGCCAGUUCUUCCAUUAAUCAAUUCUCCUUCCUUAAUGACGGAGUUAAAUUCUUCUUCUCCAAACGUUAAAGAAUUACAUGAUCGCUUAAUUUCUCUUGAAAUUUUUCUAAAGGAAUAUGUUGUAGAUGUAAGGUUUUUGGAAAAAUCAGAGAAAAUGGAUCAAAUUAAAUAUGGUGAUGACAAAUAA